AUGGUCAUGCCCUCAGUAUCUGACCUGAUUCAAACGGAUGAAGAGGACAGUGAUGUAGAUCACCCUCUGUCUGAGCUGAAACACUUGUCAGACUCUAGAUAUAAGAAAUGUUCUACAAAGAAGAAAAAUGUGGACUCAGGAAGGAAAGUCCAGAGAGGAGUGAAGGUUAGCUGUGAAGACUGUGGUAAAACAUUUAUUAGAAAAUCUAAUUUAAACACACACAUGAGAAUCCACACAGGAGAGAAGCCCUUCUGUUGUGAUCUAUGUGGACAAAGAUUUAGCCUAAAAUAUCAUGUAAACAGACACAUGAGAAUCCACACAGGACAGAAGCCUUUCUGUUGUGAUCUAUGUGAACAAAGAUUUAGCCGAAAAUCAGAUUUAAACACACACAUGAGAAUCCACACAGGACAGAAGCCUUUCUGCUGUAAUCUAUGUGGAAAAAGAUUUAGGCAAAAAUCUAAUUUAAACACACACAUGAGAAUCCACACAGAAGAGAAGCCUUUCUGCUGUGAUCUAUGUGGACAAAGAUUUAGCCUAAAAUUUAAUUUAAACACACAUGUGAGAAUCCACACAGGACAGAAGUCUUUCUGUUGUGAUAUAUGUGGAAAAAGAUUUAGCCAAAAAUCACAGUUAAACACACACAUGAGAAUCCACACAGGACAGAAGCUUUUCUGUUGUGAUAUAUGUGCAAAAAGAUUUAGCCAAAAAUCACAGUUAAACACACACAUGAGAAUCCACACAGGACAGAAGCCUUUCUGUUGUGAUCAAUGUGGACAAAGAUUUAGCCGAAAAUCAACUUUAAACACACACAUGAUAAUCCACACAGGACAGAAACCUUUGUGCUGUGAUCUAUGUGGACAAAGAUUUAUCCGAAAAUUGGAUUUAAACACACAUGUGAGAAUCCACACAGGACAGAAGUCUUUCUGUUGUGAUAUAUGUGAAAAAAGAUUUAGCCGAAAAUCACAUUUAAACACACACAUGAGAAUCCAUACAGGACAGAAGCCUUUCUGUUGUGAUAUAUGUGGACAAAGAUUUAGCAGAAAAUCAACUUUAAACACACAUAUGAGAAUCCAUACAGGACAGAAGCCUUUCUGUUGUGAUAUAUGUGGAAAAAGAUUUAGCCGAAAAUCAACUUUAAACACACACAUGAGAAUCCACACAGGAGAGAAGCCUUUCUGUUGUGAUCUAUGUGGACAAAGAUUUAGCCAAAAAUCAACUUUCAACAGACACAUGAGAAUCCACACAGGACAGAAGCCUUACUGCUGUGAUCUAUGUGGACAAAGAUUUAGCCAAAAAUCAACUUUCAACAGACACAUGAGAAUCCACACAGGACAGAAGCCUUACUGCUGUGAUCUAUGUGGAAAAAGAUUUAUCGAAAAAUCAGGUUUAAACACACACAUGAGAAUUCACACAGGAGAGAAGCCUUUCUGUUGUGAUCUAUGUGGACAAAGAUUUAGCCGAAAAUCAACUUUCAACAGACACAUGAGAAUCCACACAGGA